GCAACAUAUUUGUAAACAAAAUUUCGUCAUUAGUUUACCUUCAUAGAUGAAUUUUUUUGGCCGUAUAAAGUUGAUAAAAUUUGUAUAUCCGAUAUAGUUUCAAAGAUUUAUUUUAUAUUUCUAUAGCAGUUGUGAAAAAUGCCGAAAAAUAAAGGAAAGGGAGGAAAAAAUAGAAGGCGUGGUAAGAAUGAGAAUGAGACUGAAAAACGUGAAUUAGUUUUUCGAGAAGAUGGACAAGUGUAUGCUCAAGUGGUGAAAAUGCUUGGGAAUGGAAGAUUGGAAGCAAUGUGUUUUGAUGGUGUAAAGAGACUUUGCCAUAUCAGGGGAAAACUCAGGAAGAAGGUUUGGAUCAAUCAAGGAGAUAUAAUUCUGCUUGGCUUGAGAGAUUUCCAAGACUCUAAAGCAGAUGUUAUUCUGAAAUACAAUCCCGAUGAAGCUCGUAAUCUAAAAGCAUAUGGAGAACUUCCAGAACAUGCUAAGAUUAAUGACACUGUUACAUUUGGAGAAGAGGAAGAAGAUGAUAACAUCAUUGAGUUCGAUGAAGUUGGAGGUGAAGAUGACAUUGAAAAUAUUUAGAGCUGGAUUCUUACUUGCAGCAUUGUCUUCCUAACACCCUUUUUGUGAUUUUUGUCAGAAUUUUAUCCAGGGCUUUACUCUUUCCUGGCUUGUUCAUUAUCUUUGUUGUGGCAAUUUUAAAUGUUUAUUUAUUGAUUCAAGUUUGUUUCAUUGUACAAAGAUAACUAACUGUGUUGCUGUUAUUAAUAAAAGUUUGAAAGUUUUUGGCUAA